GAGCUGCUGGAAAAGUUGCGCAGCCCAGAGAGGAGGGAGGUUAGCUAGUUGGUUGGCGCAAACGAGAGUAGUAGCGGCCGCCUGCGGGCCACGGGGAAGUCGGCUCCGCUCCGCUCGCUGCCCACGCCACAAAGAGAGGAGGGGGCCCCAAAGGGAGACCGUUUGGCGGGAGAGGAGCCAGCAGAGCCACCCUCGUCCUCCGCCAGUCUCCGGCGCCUCUCCUCGCACGCACAUCCCCACACGUGGGUGCUUGUCGCCGCUGCCGGACAUCAGCCCCUCGGGCCAAAGGGGGGCCGCGGGCUGCCUCCGGGAAGGGGGGCUCCUCCCUGGACAGGCUGUCCGAUUGCCAGCCGGUGCCAUCUCAGCUGAGGAGCGUGGGAGCGUGUGGGGAGGUGGGAGCCGAGCUCCGAAGCCCGCCGGUUGAGGGGCGGCAGCUGUCUCUUCCACGCAACUCCCAUCGCUCUCUAAGAAACUUCGGAACGAGCGUGAUUUGUCAGGGCUUUAUUAUCAAGAGCUAUUUUUUAACAUAUGUGAAGGAGGAGCAAAGCAAUCUCUCUCUUUUUCUGUUUGAAAUCUAUGCCGUGAUAGCAGCCUUUAAAAAAAAAAAAAACAAUCUCGCAACCUGUAGCAUUUUUUGUUGUUUUCACUCUCAUCAACCUGUUGCGGUUUUUAAUAGCGAUUGCAGGGUCUCACUCGCCAUCUGCUGCAAACGUUCGCUUGCAAUCUUUGCACCGGGAAUUGUGACCUGUGGCGCUCGAAAUCUUGCAGUUUUGGACCAGCAGACCGGUGCAUGCUGGUGGCGAUCUGCUGUAAUUUUUUAUUAUUUUUUUUGUAAACACAUAUCUAUGUCUCUCUUUUUUUAAGCGUCAGCUUUCUUUGCACGUUGCCACUUAAGAAACCGAGCGAAAUACCCCACUCACCUUUUUGGUGGAAGGGAAGACAAGCGCGAUUUCCUUGUGGGUUGUUGCUUCAUUCUCUAAAAUGCACUGCUAUCUUCUGAGCGUCUUCCUCACCCUGGAUCUUGCCACGGUGGCCUUUGCCUUGUCUACCUGUAGCACCCUCGAUAUGGAUCAGUUUAUGCGCAAGAGGAUCGAAGCUAUCCGAGGGCAGAUCCUGAGCAAACUGAAACUCACCAGCCCUCCGGAAGAGUUCCCGGAGCCCGAGGAGGUUCCCCCGGAGGUCAUUUCAAUCUACAACAGUACAAGGGACCUGCUGCAGGAGAAAGCGAACCACAGAGCGGCCACUUGCGAAAAGGAGCGGAGCGAGGAGGAAUAUUACGCCAAAGAAGUUUACAAAAUUGACCUGCCGUUUUUCCAUUCCGAAAACAAGAUUCCACAAAAAUCACCGCAACCCAGCGCCUAUUUUAGACGAGUGAGAUUUGACGUCUCAGCAAUGGAGAAAAAUGCUUCCAACCUCGUGAAGGCAGAGUUUAGAGUCUUUCGCUUGCAGAAUCCAAAGGCUCGAGUAUCUGAACAGCGGAUAGAAUUGUAUCAGAUUCUCAAAACCAAAGACCUAACAUCACCAAUGCAACGUUACAUUGAUAGCAAGGUAGUUAAAACAAGAGCCGAAGGUGAAUGGCUAUCUUUUGACGUAACUGAUGCUGUACAUGAAUGGCUCCAUCAUAGAGACAGAAAUCUUGGAUUUAAGAUAAGUUUGCAUUGUCCAUGCUGCACGUUCGUGCCUUCAAAUAAUUAUAUCAUCCCAAACCAAAGUGAAGUGCUAGAAGCAAGUUUUGCAGGUCUUGAGGACUACCACAGUGCUGAGAAAACUUUAAAGUCCAAUAGGAAAAAAUACAGUGGGAAGAACCCACAUCUUCUGCUAAUGUUGUUACCCUCCUACAGACUUGAGUCGCAACAGUCCAGUCGACGGAAGAAGCGUGCUCUAGAUGCUGCCUAUUGUUUUAGGAAUGUGCAGGAUAACUGCUGCCUGCGACCAUUUUAUAUUGACUUCAAGAGAGAUCUUGGAUGGAAAUGGAUACAUGAACCUAAAGGAUACCAUGCAAAUUUCUGUGCAGGAGCGUGUCCCUAUUUAUGGAGCUCAGAUACUCAGCACAGUCGAGUACUCAGCUUGUAUAACACCAUAAACCCAGAAGCAUCCGCAUCUCCAUGCUGUGUAUCCCAGGACCUAGAACCCCUCACCAUCUUGUAUUACAUUGGCAAAACGCCCAAAAUUGAACAGCUUUCUAACAUGAUUGUAAAGUCGUGCAAGUGCAGCUAGAGAAUACUCUGGGACAGCACAGUGUGUGCAUUUUUGUUUUUCCCUGGAAAAAAAGAGGAAGCAAUAUAAUUACGAAGAGG